AACCCUUAGGUAACGUGUGCAAAACAAGUGCUGUAAUUCUGGUUACCAUAUCCAGGCCUUAACACUACAACACACUUAUUUUGGAUUGAAAUUCUAUUCAGAUCCAUCCAUCAGGACAUCUGCUACACUGCUUCCUACCACACCUGAAACCUACACAAGCAAGCUACAGUAACGUGAGACAAAGUGAUGCAGUGCGAGUGACGCAGCAGUGGCAGCAGCCUCUAGAAGGCAAGCAGUAAGAGCAACAAGGGGAACCUCUGACAGAACCAUAGUCUACAGGCAGCAGCAACCAGACAGCACAGAAGAGGGAAGAUGGUAAAGUCCUAAUCUAGGCCAAAGGGAGAAUGGAAGCAGCUGAGUAGUCACUCUACUUUCCGAGUCCUAAACAAACAGCAGAAAGGCUUCCACAGCGACAGAGACAGGACCUUCUGCACAGACACACUUUGGACAGAAAAGGGACAGUCAGAGGAGGGCAGGGCAGAUCUAGCCCAGGACCACGGCUGCAUGGAUAGAGGCGAAGGACGUUGGAGCUGGAGUCAUCUGCACACAGAGAGGGAGGGAGAGGAAGAAAGACGUCAGAAAAAGCUCUGCUUCUGACAACACCACUGUUCAGCGACCAUCGUAGAAAAAAUACUUUCGCCUUGCUCUCACGAAACUGUUUUUCAUGUAUAGUUGGUUAUAUUGAGGGCUUUAGAGAAGGGAUACUGCAUGACGCUGUUUCCUGUUCGCCCUGCAUCAUUUUCUCUGAUUUACUAAGAUGACUGUGGUGUCUCCUUCCACUCAGCACCUCAUGGAUAGUGCCCAUCCUCAUUCUGUGCUUACCAAACUCAAUGAGCAACGUUCACAAGGCCUCUUCUGUGAUGUCACCAUUGUGGUAGAAGAUGUAAAAUUUCGAGCACACAAAAACAUACUUGCAGCCAGCAGUGGGUAUUUCAAGAAUGCUCUGACAACUCCUGAGACAUGGAGCUCUAGUCAAGUGUUAGAGCUGAUGGACUUGAAGUCGGAGGUGUUUGCCAACAUCCUCAACUUCAUCUACUGCUCAAAAUUAACAUCAUGUGGUGCAGAGGACACAGGGGGGCUAGUGGCAGCAGGAAAAAGACUUGGAAUUCCUUUCUUAGAAAAGCUUGCAGAAAAAGAGAGGCAGCAGUCAGCCGUUCCCCCAAACCUAAGUAAAUGUGUUAAAUCCACAGACUUCAGUGCAGCCCCAGUGCCUAAAAAAACAAAGACAGAGGUUCCCAGGCUUGAGGAGACAGACAGUGCCAGAGGACCACGAAUCACCAAUGCCUUCUCUAUCACUGAAGUGUGUCCUGGGAACAAUCCUUUCACCCCUCUGGGUCAACCCAGUGAGGAAAGGCAGUCACCAGAUGUGGGACAGCUCCCAUCCAGCUGCCCAACAACCUCCUGCCUCAACAUGAGCAAUGAGACCACCCACGCUCUCUCUGAACACUCUUAUGCAGUAAGUCAAGCCACUGAUGACAAAGAUAACACUCAGUGGGACAACAAGAAGCUCUGUAAGCCAUCAGUAUCACAGCCAAAGCAACUCAUUUAUCGAAAUGCAGGCCCUCUUAAAAAGCGCCACAGGUUGAGAGGCACUUUGGGCAAAAGUAUUCUUCCUACGCCAGCUGAGCCACACACAGAUAAACCAAAUACAAUUACCCCCACAUUGGCUGAUGGCGUUACUGUGGCACCUGCUGCAGUCAUGACACCACCUCCACUUUUUUCAGUAGCAGAAACUGAAAAAACUUUAGAAACUUUACCGCCUGUGACCACUGACAAUCUUCAAACGGAGUUAGGUCCACCAACUCUCUCUCCUCAUCCUGAAGACAGCAUCUCAAUCUACUCGUGUGAGCACUGUCCAGAAAUAUUCACAAAUAAAGCACUUCUUACUAUUCACACAGAGGUACACAAAAAACGUUUUGUCAGUCAUUUAUUUUGCAAGUUUUGUCACAGAAAGUUUAUACACCUCAAACGGCUGCGCAACCAUGAACAGGUCUGUCUCAAGGUUGUGAGAGGCCCUCCUAAAUUAGACGCCAAUGACACAUUGGCCAAAGAGGAGUUCCAUUCUGAAGGUGUGUCAGACACAGAGAACACCAUGACACAAGAGCCACCUGCAGAUCUCUCCACUUCUGACAUCCCAGAGUCCCUUUCUCUGGACGAGCCGGACCCUUUAGAGGAUGAAAAGGCAAGAAUACCAGGUGGCCAUCAGAGGAGAUACAACUGCAGCGUAUGCAAACGGGUCUAUGUCACCCUGUCCAGUCUGAAGCGGCAUGAAAAUGUACACUCCUGGCAGAGGGCCUAUCCAUGUCAUUAUUGUAAUAAAGUGUUUGCCUUGGCAGAGUAUCGGACCAAGCAUGAAAUUUGGCACACAGGUGAGCGUCGCUACCAGUGCAUUUUUUGCCUAGAGACUUUCAUGACGUACUAUAUCUUAAAGAACCAUCAGAAGUCUUUUCACGGCAUAGAUCCAAGGCUGGCUGUUAAGAAGAAAGCUGCCAACGGUGGACUAAAAGCCAGUGUUUAUCCAAUCAAACUCUACAGGUUACUUCCAAUGAAAUUUCGAAAAAGACAAUACAAAACAUACAGUCACACGUAUUCUGAGAGUGACCAGGCCCCACUAGAUAGUAACUCGCUUAUUCCUCCAUUUGAAGAAAACAGUCACACGGACACUGCUUCCUUCCCUUUGACUUUCAUGGCAACAACAAAGAUGGUGGCACCUGUCAUGCCUCGCAUCAGUUUUGACAAGCCAUGUGACCAAGAUACUGACCACAGUUUAAACACUGAACUGGAUAUUUGUCCUCCAAAUAUCAGAGAAAAUGAAACUAAAGAUACAUCCUUCAUGACCUUUGAUGGCAGCCCUUUGCAACCUGAGUCUACAGUAGUCAAUUACAAUGAUCCUCCUGCACUAAUCAGCUCUGACCAUAUGAGCAAAAAUGCAUCAAUUUUAAAUUCUUUAAAGACUGUUAAAAAGCUUAGUGAGCUAUCAGCUUCAGCUAAAAAGGUUGAGGAGAUGACGAAGGAGAUACUUCAGUCAGGCACUCAGAAUCUCACACAGGACAAAAGAGUGGGGGCAAAAACAGAGACAUACAUUGCCAAACCUGCAUGCCCGGGUCCAUCUGUAGACGGUACUACUAUGCCACUCUGCCAAAUAACAGUAAAAAUAGGCAAUGAAGCCAUUAUCCGCCGCAGAAUCAAAGGCUCUAAACUUUUCCCAAGGAAGAAAAGGAGAAUCAGGAAAUUUAGUGAGGUGGAGAGUUCAAGUGAGAGCCUAGCAAGCAUGGAUAACACAGGAAGCCCCAGACUCCGCCUUAGACAAGACAUUUCUGCCACCACAGUGCCAGAGAUAUAUGAAGAUCCAAAUGACUGUGACACAGCUGAUAUGCUUUGGCGUCCCUACUAUUCCUACAAAGCUAAAAAGAAGAGAAGGAAAAUGAGAUUUAAGUCUAAAAAAACCAUGUAUCCUGGCCAUACUAUUACAUCUCCAGACAGAAGUGCUGCCAGUGACACCCACCUGGAAAGAGGUAGCUGGGUGGCAGAGGAGGGCUUCUCAGGUGGUGGUGGUGGUGGAGAGGUGAAACGUAGUCUCAGCAAGAACUGCAGCCCAAGGGCUACCUACAACUGUGAUAUCUGUGACAGCUCUUUUAUCACAGAGACCGGUCUUAGAGCGCACAUUAUUGGUUCCCACCCAUGUUUCUGUCGAACCUGUGGCAAACAAGGUCCCCCUGGUGAGGCCCCCGCCGGUGGUGAUUACAUCUGCAACAGUUGCAUGGAAAACGGCUCCUGCUUUGACAGUACACCACGGAGCCCUGGCACAGAGAAGAGGUAUCGCUGCUCCUUCUGUCCACAGCGUUUUCUUUACCUUGCCACCAAGAAAAGUCAUGAGAAAAAACACCAGGAGGCAAGUGAGGGGGGGUUUAACUAUGACAGCUUCACACCAACAUCCAAAUACUCAGCACACCGGAGUGAAGACAAUAAACUAGACAACAUUAAAUCAGAAGAUAGCGACAAUCAAGAUAACCCGGACAUAAAAACUGAGAAGGUGGAAGUGGGGAAUUAUUCCAUUGAUAGACUUAAUCCUAAAAUCGAGGAUACAAGUAACUUUAUGUCUCUGACUACAUGCCAGGACAUUUCAUAUUCAGACAUUAAAAGGCCAUUGUCGCCUUGUAUUGACCCACUGUUUUCCAUGACAAAAAUGAAACAUAAAAAGAGCAAAAAAAGAUUCAAAGACCAGCAUUCUAUGCAUCUCAUUCCUAAAAAACAAUCCCGAGACAGUGACGGCAAUGAUGAUUUUUUGAUGAGGAAUAGAACAAACAGUCAUAAUGACCGAGAGAAGUCUAGUAAACUGUUUAGGAGAAAUGACCCUGAGGCUAAAGGUAACAGCAUUUCUAUACAUAAGCCAGAGAAGUGGAUGUGCAAAGAGGAACCAUUUUUUUAAAGGUCUUUGAUAACUACAGACCACCAUAGACAAAAAAAAGAAAGCAAAUGAAACUUGAUUUUGAGCCGCUGCUUCUUGUAGGAAAUGUAAUAAGAUGUUAAAACUUGUACUGUUGUCUUUGGAGCUGAACUCAAUGGAUGACAAACGCAAAAUGAAAAUCGGUAUCAGCUGUAAAUUUUUCCUUCCUGAACUUAACAAACUAAGAUUUUUUUCACAUUUGUAGUGACUAUUUUUUGUAUAAUAUAAGACCUUCUGACACAGGCUGUAUUUUGUUCAUUGUCUAUGCAUUUAAGGCGGACUCAGUGAGAUGGCUGUAACCACAAGAGAUGAAGUGAAUGUUCUUUUUUUCAGUGUUGGGUGAAUCCAUAAAAUGGUCUGCACUUUCAGAACAGGAGUGGAAUGUACUGAAGAAUUUAAAAAGCUGCCUCGUGUGGUUACGUUUUAUUACUGCAUAUGUGACUCUCAUGUUUCUGAGUCUAAUGUUCAGUUUAAUGGUAAGAUGCACUUUAUGGACAGACUAUGCUAAUUCAGCUGGUUAAAUACUUUGGUAAUUCAAUCACAAUUGUAUAACAACCACCAUUGUUAUAUUCUAAUUUCUACCACAUAUUACCAUUGAAAUUAAAAUUACUACUUUUGUGUGUUUAAUAUGUAUAAAACUUGUACAUUUAUUUAAAUAAAUGUUGUUGAUAUUCUGAA